AUGCGAAGAGAAAGGAGUAUUAGGAUUCGUGGGCAAUCGUUGUUUGUAGAAGGGCAUAAUGGAGAGGAUGAUAGAUUGGGGAGAGUGACGUGGUUACCGAAACAAGAAAUAAUGAAGGGUUGGGUCAAUAAUGAGGAAAUUGACCGGAUAAAGAACGAGAGGUCAGAUGACAGACAUUUGGACGUAUACCGUGGACGUCAGGGCAUGCUAAGGCCGUUCAACAAUGGGGGACAGAGAGGUCGGAAUGGUAGAUGUUAUAAAUGUGGGGAGAUGGGUCAUAUUGCGGUGAAUUGUAGAGAUGUCAAAUAUUUUGCGUGUGGGGAGAUGGGACAUAUUUCGACAUAUUGUCCGGGUAGAGCGGAGAGAAUACGUUGCGCGGGUUGUGGAAGGUGUUAA